CACCUCCUCGCGCAAGGGCAGAGCGGGCAGUUGCCGCAGGCAGCUGCACCCGAGGUCCGCUGAGUACCCUGAUCUACGGAAGCACAACAACUGCAUGGCCAGCAACCUGACGCCAGCCAUCUAUGCCAGGCUCUGUGACAAAGCAACCCCAAAUGGCUGGACCUUGGACCAGUGCAUCCAGACAGGUGUCGACAACCCCGGCCACCCCUUCAUCAAGACUGUGGGCAUGGUAGCUGGUGAUGAAGAAACCUACGAGGUGUUUGCUGACCUGUUUGACCCCGUGAUUCAGGAGCGGCACAACGGAUACAACCCCCGCACCAUGAAGCACGUCACAGACCUGGAUGCCACCAAGAUAAAAUUUGGCCACUUUGAUGAGCGCUACGUGCUCUCGUCCCGGGUCCGGACUGGGCGCAGCAUCCGCGGGCUGAGCCUGCCGCCAGCCUGCACCCGUGCGGAGCGGCGAGAGGUGGAGAAGGUGGCCGUGGAGGCGCUGAAUGGCCUCACUGGAGACCUGGCUGGGCGGUACUACCGCCUCAGUGAGAUGACGGAGAAGGAGCAACAGCAGCUCAUUGAUGACCACUUCCUCUUCGACAAGCCAGUGUCCCCACUCCUGACGGCGGCAGGAAUGGCCCGGGACUGGCCCGACGCCCGAGGGAUCUGGCACAACAACGAGAAGACCUUCCUGAUCUGGAUCAAUGAGGAGGACCACACACGCGUCAUCUCCAUGGAGAAGGGUGGCAACAUGAAACGGGUGUUUGAAAGAUUUUGCCGUGGUUUAAAAGAGGUGGAGCGGCUAAUCCAGGAGCGAGGCUGGGAGUUCAUGUGGAACGAGCGGCUGGGCUACAUCCUGACCUGCCCCUCCAACCUGGGCACUGGGCUGCGAGCAGGCGUCCACAUCAAACUGCCGCUGCUCAGCAAG